UCGAUUUUAACAGACAGUGGGCUGGUCAUGGGGGGGAUAUGGCAUAUCUGGCAACCAGCUAGAGCAGAGGCAAACGAAAAUAACACGGCUGCAAAUGCCCUUGCUUUGGAAGCACGGCUGGAGUAUACGCUACUGUAGUGUAGAAGCUAGAUACGCAAUAAAAACAAUAAUAACAAUCAGUCUCAUCGCGUGGCUAGUUUUUGUUUCCUAUUCACUGCUGCUGCCAAGUUUUUUGGCUGGACAGGGUCCUAGCCUAGCUAGCUUGCUAAAUACAGUAGCUUACUAACGUUAACAUACUUUUCUAAUUAGCAAAGUAACCUUCCUUGACGUACAUACCUCCUAAAUAAUUUGACGAAAACUAGCUACAUACAACUAAUUGUAGUUUAGCUACAAACAUGGAAUAUAUGAGAGCAAUUCAGAAGAAGAGACGCCACGAAGGAGACCUUGAGAAAUGGAACGCCUGCCAAGCGAAGCGUGCGUGUGAUGGAGUGGGAGAUUAUGCUCAGGUUGAAUAUGGCGCGGUAGCGGACUGCCCUAUGGACACAUGGGAGAGUGCAGUACACCAACAGGGAGCUCCAAACGGCAAUGGUGUUCUUCCUCUUUCUGAUCCAACGGCCAGCCGUCCACCCCAGUGCUGUCCACGCUGCUUGGCUGGCGAACCGGGUCACAUCAACCACAUCAUGGGCUACUGACCAGCUAGAUGGGGAUCUUGAUACCUGGAGGAAGAGGAGGAGGAUGAAGAAGGGAAGGUAGAGAUCCCAAGAAAACAAGAUGGUGUAGAUGGAUAUGUGGGGGGGAUUAAUAUAAUUACUGCCUUGUACACAGUGUUGCAACUUGCUCUGCACUGUUAGAAAUAAUCAAAUUCACUUUUCUCAAUGCUCAGAUUUAGCAAGUUGUUGUCAAGUCUGGAAAUAAUUGAGUAACAUAUAAGUUACUCAAAUGCUUAGUAGUCCAGGAACAUCAGGCAUAGUCCAGCAAAUUUGCCUAUGUGUACCAGGCAUAAGGAGCACUAGUCGGGAUGUUAAAUGAGGUCCAUCAGGAGAGAGGGGAGGAAGCCAUGUUUGUAGUUUACCACAGGGUGCCUUGUAAAGCCAGUACUGUGUCACUGUAAAUUCCCCACAAGUGUAUUACUGUACCCUUUUGAUUAGAUAUGUUUAUACACACAGGGACACAUAACAAGGGCUACUAACAGUAGGCUAUGUGUGCAAUCUCAUAAAACUUUAUAUUUGUUCAUGUAGAUGUCUCUACUGUGUACUCUACAGUAAGAUCUGCAGCCUUCCCAGAGAAGGGUCCUGGACUCUGAUCUAUGUAAUAACACUGUUCUGAAUAUAUAUCUAUGUAUAGAUAUAUAUCAGGGAAAUAUAGGCCUGAAUGAAUAGGCCUACAUGUACUGUAGAAACUGUCUGCUCCAGUAUCAUUAUCAACAAAAACAGUAAAUCAUGUAAAAUCCUUUUAAUUUCUUUGGAAAUUAAAUUAGUGAAAAUUAUUUUCACUAAAAUAAGGAUCUUUUGAAUGGAUGAUUUGUACACAAGAAUUUUGGUGAAAGAAAUAUUAUAUUUUUUCUAACUUAAUUAAUUUCAAUGAAAACAAUGUAUUGUAUGUAGUGGCCAAACAGAAAGCUCCAUUUGAAAAGUGAAUUGUGGUCAUUCCUUUAAGUUUCCUUUGUUUUUAAGACAUGAAAGGGCUAUCAAAGGUGUGUGCGGUAGAUAGACUACGCCACGUACGACAAGUGAGAGUUGGGAUUUCAUGCUGAACUGGGUGUCCUUCUUUUCUUGUGUACUUUAACUGAAUUGUUCCCUCAGUCAUGUUAAAUUCAUGUUAAAUUUGAUCCGUCAGUAUUUGUGAGUAUAUGUGGAAUUUGAGUUCACCUUGAUUUGCCUGGGACAUCCUCCCUGCCAGUAGAUUUGGUGUUUGUUCUGUUUGCCAUGUAAGCCAAUGUUCCUGAGCAGCAGUGCAUCUGUGCCAUGAAUGUAGAGUAAGGUCCCAUUAUUCUGUUGUAUUCUGUUGCCAUUAACUACCAACAGAUGACGCUGUCUCAAAAAUAUAUUGUGACUCCAUGACAGAGUUUAUUUUUAGUAUUAUAGAAGAACGGCCUUUGAAUAAAUAAUCUAAAAAUGGA